CUUCAACCCGUACCACCACCAUCCCCGCCCUCUCCGCCUCUACCCUCGGAGGCCCUUAGUAUUGACAGAUCCCUUCUGCCCAAAGUAUCUCAAAGCCUAUCUCGUCCCGUUAGCCUUCACAUACAAGAUGUCCGCCGCCAAAUCCUCCAGGACGGCCAAGUCGGCUGCUACCAAGAAGGGUGCGGCUCGUGCGCCCCCCACGCACCCUCCGUGGAUCGACAUGAUCAAGGAAUGUAUUGUCACUCACAAGGAGGAUGCGCGUAUCGGCGUGUCCCGGCACCAGAUCAAGAAGUUCGUUGAGGAGAAGUACAACCUCGAGAUAGGCAAUGCCCAAGUCACUCAGCUCAGCAAGGCUAUCACGUCGGGUGCCGAGAAGAACAUAUUCUCUCUGCCCAAGGGUCCCUCUGGACGCGUCAAGCUUGCCCCUAAGGUGCAGCGUCCUCCUGAAGCGGCUGCUAAGGAGAACAAACCGGUUGCCGCGAAGGCGCCCAAGGCUCCUGUUAAGGCUAAGGCCUCCACGACCAAGGAGAAAGCGGCUCCGGCGAAGCCCGCAAGGACUGCGAAGAAACCCGUCGUCGCUAAGAAGCCCGCUGCUAAGGCAGCCCCCGCCACUAAGAAAGCAGCCCCCGUGAGGUCCAAGCCAGCCGCCGCUGCGAAGUCGGCGGACGCUAAGAAGUCAACUACUAGCAGGGCCAAAGCUGCACCUGCCGCUAAGAAGGCUGAGGUCAAGAAGGCUCCUGCUGCUAAGAAGGCCGCACCGGCCAAGAAGACUGCUGCCCCCAGCAAGCGGGACAGUGCUAAGAAGACCGCCACCGGUCGUGCUCCUGCCUCCAAGGCGAAGCCGGCUGCUAAGCCUGUGAAGAGGGCCUCCACCUCUAGGACCACUGCCACCAGCGCGCGGAGCGCACGAGCUGCAAAGAGGGCAUGAGCUGUCUCACCCUUGUCCCCUUUCCCCGUCCUCCAGUCGCAUCUGUGACAUACAUCUCCUAUAUCUUGUGUUCCCCGUCCGUUUGUUUAUUCUUCACUCGUACCCCUCCCAUAUACUACCGUAAGAUGUAUGAUGUACCUGUACGUGCGCACCUCUCGGGGCCACUGGCCAGAAGCCACUAGACUUUUGCGGGCGACCCUUCUUAUAGUUACGUAUAUCUGUAUCGUGUUGUAAAUGGUCGGAAUUGUCAUGAUUUCUCACCCUGUUAGGU